UACUGAAGCUUUUGAAACAUUGCGAGAACAUUUCGUUCCGGAAAUCGCAAGCUUGGCUACACCUGGUGAGCAAAUUCGAAUUGACGCUGCAAUUCCAGCAAUACAUCAUCCAUCUUCCUCGCAUUCUAACCGGAAUUUGAACCUCAAAUCAUAUUUGAUAUCUUCGAUACAAAGAAGCUCUGGAUUUUUUGGCGUCGGUACUCAGAUUCUUUCUCAAGAAGUUUGAUGAUGUUCAGAUACCGUAUUAUCUUUCCUCAAUUGAAUUUACUGGUCUACCGUAAGCCGGACCGCCCGGUUUUAUCUCGGUACACUUUAAUAGUUUUGAAAUUGAGGGUUUCGAAACUUAAACCAAAUAAACCCUAGAUCUUUAGAAAAUCAGAACGUUUCUUCUUUUCUCUUUUCUGCUUUAGUUCUUCUUCGCCGUAGCUAAUCUUCGCCUAGGAUUGUUUUCUAAUCUGAUUAGGAAUCAUAUCUUCUUCUAGCUUCCUAGAAAUAAGUUUUUGGGUGUAGAAUAUGAGCGACGAUAUCGGGUUUUUUUUCCAGUGAUACGAAUUGUUGGUUAUAGAAUAUGAGAAUUUGAAAUUGUGACCAAAAAGAUGCUUACUUAAGCAAACCCUUAUUUAUACAAUUUACAGAAAUAUUCUAUAGUCUUGCGAAAAAUUAAUAAAUAUUCUAGAAAAUCAGUUUUUACUCCUUUUUAAAUCUAUAAAGCCUGUUAAGUGUCAACACUAUCUACAUUUUUAUUUUAUUUUGAAGAUUUUUAAAAUUUAUGCAGUAUAUUAAAAAAAAACAUUUGUACAGUGAUGGUUAAAGAAAAUAUUAGAAAAGGGCGUUAAAAACACAAAAACUACGUCGUUUUUUCAUUGUUGGGUUUUGUCUCAAAAGCAAAAGCUGCUUUUGGUUCCCGUAGAUCUAAUGUUACGUUCGAGUCUCUCCUCAUCUAUUUUUAUUCCCCUUCAGUUUUCUCAGGCGGUACGGUCAAAUCACAUCGGAAAAUUCAACCGGAGAUCAAAUGGCAUUGCCGUCGAUCUCAUCAAUCGGCGCGACGGUCUCAAUCCUAAUCUAUUUCUCUCUUCCUUAUUCAAUCACAGCUGGUGAAAACAACCUCCACCAAUCUCCCGCCGCUAGAUCUCGACGUCCCAUGGUGUUCCCAUUGUUUCUCUCUCAACCAAAUUCUUCUUCGAGAUCCAUCUCAAUCCCACAUCGAAAACUCCACAAAUCCGACUCAAAAUCACUGCCUCACUCUCGCAUGAGACUCUACGACGAUCUUCUUAUUAACGGGUAUUACACUACGAGGCUUUGGAUUGGUACACCACCACAAAUGUUUGCUCUUAUAGUUGAUUCUGGAAGUACUGUUACUUAUGUUCCUUGUUCUGAUUGUGAACAAUGUGGCAAACACCAGGUAAUGCUCAGUUCUCCAAAAGAUCAAAUCUUGUGUCUUGUCUCGUGUAAAGUUCAAAUUUUUAAAAUUUCGUAUGGUUUAUUUGAUGAGGACCCAAAAUUUCAGCCAGAAUUGUCUAGCACUUAUCAACCUGUGAAGUGUAACAUGGACUGUAAUUGUGAUGAUGAUAAAGAACAAUGUGUUUAUGAGAGAGAGUAUGCGGAACAUAGUAGUAGUAAAGGUGUGCUUGGAGAAGAUCUUAUUUCAUUUGGCAAUGAAAGCCACCUGACACCUCAACGAGCUGUUUUCGGUUGCAAAACUGUUGAAACCGGUGAUCUUUAUAGUCAACGUGCUGAUGGAAUUAUUGGAUUAGGUCAAGGGGACCUUAGUCUUGUGGGUCAGUUGGUGGAUAAAGGUUUGAUAAGCAACUCUUUUGGUUUGUGUUAUGGAGGGUUGGAUGUUGGUGGAGGUUCGAUGAUUGUUGGCGGUUUUGAUUAUCCAUCUGAUAUGAUAUUCACGGACUCAGACCCUGAUCGUAGGUAUGUUUCCAAGGGAAUGUUUUGUCUGAUUGGUGAAUGGGAUCUUGUAUAAUCCUAACAAAUACGUUUAAUACCUUUCACACAUUUGCAGCAUUUGAGGAAGCUGUAAGACCCUUAUAACUCUCUGAGAAUUGUUAAUGUUUGGUUAAGUUCCCGGUUUCUAUGUGCCUUUUCUUACAUUAGGCUCUUAUCUUAUUCUUUUGAAGGUAAUGAGAGAAGUUUCCCCAUUGAAGCAGAUUGAUGGUCCUAAUCCAAAUUUUAAAGAUACUUGCUUCCUUGUCGCUGCAAGUAAUGAUGUCUCGGAACUUUCAAAGAUAUUCCCGGCAGUCGAGAUGAUAUUUAAGAGUGGGCAAUCAUGGCUGUUGUCCCCUGGAAAUUACAUGUUUCGAGUAUAGAAUAUGAGAAUUUGAAAUAGUGACAAAAGAUGCUUACUUAAGCAAACCCUUUGGUGUGAAGAAGGAUUGUAGCAAUGGCGGUUUAUAGAGAAGAUGAAAGAGGACGAAAUCAGAUCAGAGCUUUUGGUGAAGCGUAAGAUUGAGAAAGAUAUGGAGGAAGUGGUCCGUGUUGACAGUAUGUUAAAGAGGAAUACAUUUGUCGAGUUAGUGCCAUCUUGAAAGCCAAAGUUGAAGAAGAGUGAGAGGAGAGGACAAUCGGUAAAGAAGAGAAAGCACCUAAACAAGUUCAAAAAAAUGUUGGUGACGACUCUGUAAUAGUGGACUUAUGGGCUGAUUAUAGUAAAGGAGAAGAUGAGAGCAAUCCUAGAAAGGUAAUGUGUGGACUUAAAAGAUUAAAAAUAUAUGGACUUACAUCUGUAAACUUGUUCUUUGUGAAUCUAUCAAUCUCUUGCUAUGUUCACCAUACACUUUACGACGCCUACACUUUUAGCCUUGUUUUGAUUAGCCAAAUCGUUUGCCAUUCUA